AUGGCGACCACACAGUCCAUCCUGCCAGAGUCUCGGGUCCUGGUCAUCAUGACCGGCGGCACCAUCUGCAUGCAGCCGACACCCGACGGCCUGCAGCCUAUCGGAGGGUUCCUCAAAGCUGCUUUGGCACCUCGUCCGUCGUUCAACGAUAUGUCCAACCCGCCCCAGCUGGAGGCGUACAAAGACGGCCAGAAGGUCAUGCUGGACAGCCUGCGGACGCCGCCGAGCGCCUACUCUCGCCACAUCCGCUACGGCGUCUUGGAAUUUUCGCCCUUGUUGGAUUCCAGCUCCAUCUCAUCCGCCGGCUGGACCGAAGUGGCCCAGACCAUCAGGGAGAACUACCGCCAGUACGACGGAUUCGUCGUUCUGCACGGCACCGAUUCGCUGUCUUAUACGGCGUCCGCCCUGUCCUUCAUGAUGUCAGACCUCGGCAAGCCCGUUAUUCUGACCGGAUCGCAAGCGCCAAUCUUCGCUCUGCAAUCGGACGCCGUGGACAACCUCCUAGGCUCUCUCAUCAUUGCGGGAACGUUCCUCAUCCCCGAGGUCGGCCUCUUCUUCCACCACAAGCUCUUCCGAGGAAACAGGACGACAAAGAACUCGGCCGUCAACUUUGAUGCCUUUGCCAGUCCCAACUGCGAGCCCCUGGCCAAGAUGAACGGUCUUGGCAUCGACGUCAACUGGCCCCUCGUUCUUCGACCGACAAAGAUUGCCGAACUCCAGGUUACCCAGCACCUCGACACGGCCCACGUUGCUUGCAUUCACAUCUUCCCCGGUAUCAAGCCCGAGAUGCUCGACUCGGUCCUGCGCGGACCGGACAUUCGAGGCCUUGUCCUACGGACGUUCGGCAUGGGCAACGCCCCUGGUGGUGUGGAUGGCAGCCUCACCAAAGUCAUCAAGGCGGCGGUCGACCGCGGUAUCGUCGUGGUCAACGUCAGCCAGUGCCUCGACGGCUUCGUCUCCCCCGUCUACGGCCCGGGCACCGACCUGGGUCGCGCAGGUGUCAUCUUUGGCCAGGACCUCACGACUGAGGCUGCUCUGACCAAGCUCUCCUUCCUGCUGGCUCUCCCAAACCUGACGACCGCCGAGGUCAGCGCCAGGAUGUCGGCCUCCAUCCGCGGCGAGAUGACGGCCGAGACGCGGCCCGUCUUCUCCCACCCAGGCUCGUUGGAUUCCGUCAUUGCCCGUCUGUCAUCUGCCGAGACCGCCUUCACCGCGCUCGGCUAUGCCAUUCGCGACGGGGAUCUCAAGACGGUCAAGGAAAUCCUUGAGCAGGGCCACGUCGGCGAGCACCACCCCCUCCUGACCAAGGCCGACUAUGCGGGCAACACGGCCGUGCAUUUGGCCGCCGUUGGGCGGGCAGAAAUCCUGCGGGAGCUGCUGGUCAAGGGUGCGAGCGUGCACGUCAGGAACUGGGCCAACAACACGCCGCUCUUCCUGGCCCAGCGUGUGGAUAAUGAGGAGUGCGUUCAGCUGCUGAAGGAAGCUGGUGCACACCUCUGGCAGAACGAAGCCUCGAUACUGGGCACCGCGCCCACGCCCCAGGAAGGGCCUCAGCCUCAGAGCUGA